AUUUCAGAAGCAAGCCCAUCACUGCGCCGGCCUGCCCCUGCCCCUGCCCCUGCUCCUGCUCCCGCUCUGUUUUCGAUGCACUGCACGCCAAAGCGACGCCCCUAGGACGCAAGAGAGAGAAGCGCUGCCGCUAGCCUGCUGCUCUAGUGGUAGUGGUCGAGGAGGAUGGAGUGACCCAGUGCAGCGCCGCGGCCUCGCAGGCUCCGUUUGAGAGGGAGGGGCUCGCCUCGUCGGGUCCUAGCAUUGCUCCCCCUCUUUCCUCGCCAUCGCGGUCGCUGAGCGAGAGCGAUCGAGGAGGGAGAAACGAGGAGGGGUUUCAGUUAAUCAGGUGGGUACGGGAUGAGAUCGAUGCGCGCGUGGGUCGUGCUCCUCUCUUGUUUUGGCCGCGAGUCGCCCGAGAUUCCUCCUCAUCCGGACGAGGCCUAUCUGCCCCCCGUUGCCGUCAGUCGUGCUCCGAUUGUCCUGUUGCGCCCACGCGCGUUGUUCUUGACGACUCCCCAGUGGUUCUUGGAUCCUAGCCAGUGCUGGAAUUUGGCGUUUUUUGAUGCGUGAUUGCUUUUUAGUCUCGGCCGCGCCGAUCCCUUGCAGUCUGAGCCUUUCUGAUCUCUCGGUUUCGUUUUCAGAGCGCCGGGGCGGAGAGGGAGGGAGGAUGAUGCUGAGGAGGGUGGUAUCCGACCAGGCCGCGGCGGGGGAUGCGCUCGACGGCGCCGCAGCGGGGAGGCCCCGCGGCCCGGCCUUCUUCGCCGUGCCGCGGCUGCUCGUGGGGCUCGCGGCGGCCAAGCGCGGGACGCCGGACUGCGACUCCACCGCGCGGAGCCCCAAGUCGCCGCUCGAACACAGGACCUUCCCCGCGCUCGGCGGUUCGCUGCUCGGGUCGCCAAGGUCACCCAGGAGCUGGGACUCUCAGCGCGUCGGUCUGGGCGGCCUCGUCGACACCCUCGCCGAGCCCGCCGCCGACGCCAAGAACCGCCUGCUCGGGUUCCAGAUGCGCCCGACGAAGCUGCAAUGCCUCGCCAAAUCCUACACCUCCCUGCCCAAAGACAUGCCGAAAGACUGCGGGCAUGCGCAGCCGGAGCUCCGGGAGGUGGAGGCUGCCGCGGCCACCGCCGGCUCCGGGGGCAUGUCGGUUCCGUGCACUAGGUUCUACGGGGAUGUGAAGUCUGGUCCAGAGGUCGUCGUGUCCAGUGGUGCUCAGCUCGGCUUUAGUAACCACUCCGUCGACCGUGUCAAGUUCCCUGCUUCCGGGUCGCUGCCGGUGUCGAUUGGCGGACCACGCCGGUACAUCGGGUCCGUGUCGGCAAUGGAGGUCGAGCAGUCCGAGGACUACACCUGCAUCAUAGCUCACGGCUCCAAUCCGAAGACCACCCGCAUUUUUGGGGAUUGCAUCUUGGAGCCCUGCCCUGUUCUCAUGCCUGACUGGGAGAGCAAGGAGAUCGAUGUGGACAAGGAAGGAACUGAGUUGUACUGGCUGGUCAAGGGCUCCCCCGACGCCGACGCCGCCGAGGACUCCACGCGCUUCUGCUCGUCUUGCAAGAAGAACCUGAAUGGCAACGAAUCUUCCAUUUACCGCGGUGAGAAUGCAUUUUGUGGUGGCAACUGCAGAAACCAAGCAGUCCUGAAUGAAGAGGAAGAUGAGAACAAUCCUGCAGUCUCCUCUCCCAGCUCAGCUAGUUCGACUUCGCAGUUUGACGACGAUGACAUCUUCAUCGAUGAGGUGGUCGUGCUGACAUGACCUCCGUCUCCCCUGAUGCCUGACCAAUGCACCCUGUGCUGUGCCAGGAAGAUGGGUCAAUAAUGUAGUUUAGUGAUCGUUCAUCAUCGCCAUCGCCACCACCGCGGUCAUUAGUUUGCUGGUUUUUGUAAGUUAUGUGUCAGCAGUUGAGAUAUUGGGUGGAAUUGAUGAAUUGGUAGCUGCAUGCCCUGUAGUUUUGGUCAUAAGGCAGUUUUGGCGAUUAUGAGCUCCUUUUCUUUUUCUCUCUUCUUUGGUUACCUCUUGGCAGCCAUGGCAAUGUUUGCGUGGUGUAAGUUGGGGCAAUUUGAUGAGACACCGACAUUGAGCUCGAAAAUGCCAAAUGAAGACCGAGGUCCAUGGAGGUCGUAUUUUGAAAAA